AUCGAGGGCAAAUGAGAGCUCAUCGGCUAGUAUAGUAUACAUCUUGACUCGACAUAUUUAUUUAUAGUGAUAUAUUUUUCCUUCCUUGAUGCAGAAAAUAUAUUUUGUUUAUCAUAUAUCCACGUAGCUCUCUCGCCCCACACCCUCACCCUAUUCUACUACGGUACACCCUCCCUCUUCCACUGCACAUAGAUGUAAUGUUAGUAUCAGCGUUUUUUCCAAUAACCGAUGUCUGUGUGCAUCCCGCCUCCCUGCGCUCUCAAAUAGAUGGUGCAAGUCAAAAUGUCCAAAUCGUCCGCAGACCCACUGCCUGGUGUCGAAACAGGCUCACAGUCUCACAAUUUUCAGCUGCCCAGGAAGUUGCCUAAGAGGAAAAGUCGGUUCAAACGUUCAGAUGGCAGCACGUCCUCAGACACCACCUCCAGCUUCAUCAAAAGACAGGGGUCGGCUGAUUCGUACAACAGUAGACCGUCGGACUCCGACCUGUCAGCGGAGGAGGACCGCGAGGCGUAUCGGCGUGAAGCCGAGCGCCAGGCCCAGCUCCAGCUCGACAGAGCUAAGUCUAAACCUGUAGCGUUUGCGGUGAAGACCAACGUGGCUUUCUGUGGGGCUCUGGAUGAGGACUGUCCCGUUCAAGGAGCUGCAAUCAACUUCGAAGCCAAAGACUUCCUGCACAUUAAGGAGAAGUACAACAAUGAUUGGUGGAUUGGUCGUCUGGUGAAGGAGGGGGCAGACAUCACCUUCAUCCCCAGCCCUUUACGCCUGGAGGCUAUGAGACUCAAACACGAGCAAAGGAAAAGAGGGGGGAACUCUUCCUCCAGUCUGGGUGACAUGGUGUCUGGGAGCUGGAGGACAACGCCGCCAUCUGGUGACAAACCGAAGCAAAAGCAGGAACACAUUCCUCCGUAUGACGUGGUCCCGUCUAUGCGGCCGGUGGUCUUAGUGGGGCCGUCACUGAAGGGGUAUGAGGUAACAGAUAUGAUGCAGAAAGCUCUGUUUGACUUCCUGAAACACAGGUUCGACGGACGAAUCUCCAUCACACGCGUUACGGCAGACCUAUCUCUGGCCAAGAGAUCUGUGCUCAACAAGAGGCCAAUCAUGGAGAGAUCCAAUACUCGCUCCAGCCUGGCCGAGGUCCAGAGUGAGAUAGAGAGGAUAUUUGAGCUGGCCAAAACCCUCCAGCUGGUGGUUCUGGAUGCAGACACCAUCAACCACCCGGCCCAGCUAGCCAAGACUUCCUUGGCCCCUAUCAUUGUAUACGUCAAAGUGUCCUCGCCAAAGGUGCUCCAGAGGCUGAUCAAGUCCCGGGGGAAGUCUCAGAGCAAACACCUGAAUGUCCAGAUGAUGGCCGGAGACAAACUGUCUCAAUGCCCCCCUGAGAUGUUUGAUGUCAUUUUGGAUGAGAACCAAUUGGAGGAUGCGUGUGAGCACUUGGCUGAAUACCUAGAGGUGUACUGGCGCGCCACUCAUCUUCCCGACACCACCCCCAUCAACCCGCUAUUAGAGCAGAACCUCAUGACCCCGCCCUCAGCCAACUCUAGCCUACAGACCCAGAAUAAGAACCAGCCCCCAGUGCAGCACAGCAGUGUGGGGGUGGAGGGUGAGGAGGUGGAGGCCCACUCCCCUCUGGAGCAGGACAGCCUGAUGCCGUCUGAAGAAGGCAGCGACUCCCUCUCCCGCGGCCUCCUUGGGGGCCCACGCCUCCGGGGAGACGAGGAGGACGAGGAGCUGGUGGAGGAAUUAGAAGAGGAACUAGAUGAGGAGGAUGAGUUUGAGUCCCCUUGCCACGCCCAAACUUACAGGGACAGGUACCCCCCUCACCGCGGUCACCGCGGGGGCGUCCACAGCACCAACGGGCAUGAAUCACAGGACAGGCUGCUCCAGCGCGAUGCCCAGCAGGGGCACAACCAGCGCAACAACUGCCAACGCAGCCGCCCCUGGCCCCGAGACAACUACUGACAUUUCUAACGUACCCUGGCCCCAAGACAACUACUGACAUCUCUAACGUACCCUGGCCCCAAGACAACUACUGACAUCUCUAGCAUACCACUGGCCCCGAGACAACUACUGACAUCUCUAGCAUACCACUGGCCCCGAGACAAUUACUGACAUCUCUAACAUACCCCUGGCCCCAAGACAACUACUGACAUCUCUAACGUACCACUGGCCCCGAGACAACUACUGACAUCUCUAACGUACCCCUGGCCCCAAGACAACUACUGACAUCUCUAACGUACCCCUGGCCCCAAGACAACUACUGACAUCUCUAACGUACCCCUGGCCCCAAGACAACUACUGACAUCUCUAACCUACCCCUGGCCCCAAGACAACUACUGACAUCUCUAACGUACCCCUGGCCCCAAGACAACUACUGACAUCUCUAACAUACCCCUGGCCCCAAGACAACUACUGACAUCUCUAACGUACCCCUGGCCCCAAGACAACUACUGACAUCUCUAACGUACCCCUGGCCCCAAGACAACUACUGACAUCUCUAAAGUACCCCUGGCCCCAAGACAACUACUGACAUCUCUAACGUACCACUGGCCCCAAGACAACUACUGACAUCUCUAAUGUACCCCUGGCCCCAAGACAACUACUGACAUCUCUAACGUACCCCUGGCCCCAAAACAACUACUGACAUCUCUAGCAUACCCCUGGCCCCAGACAACUACUGACAUCUCUAACGUGCCACUGGCCCCAAGACAACUACUGACAUCUCUAAAGUACCCCUGGCCCCAAGACAACUACUGACAUCUCUAAUGUACCACUGGCCCCAAGACAACUAGCUAUACCCAAACUACAACUUUGGCCACAAGACACCCACUUGUACACAAUAAGUGUACCCCUUGUCCCCAACCACUCACCCUAACUAUGGAAACAAUGUAGUACCAAUUGUCCCCAAAACAAUUACUGACUGCUGUGCACAUUACCACCUUCUACAAUCACACACUUCCAGGCUUACGGUUUUACUCAUUCUGAUUAGCUGGGGUCAUGUUAAUCAGAUAAAAGGCUAUACGUCAACAGGGCUACUCACCUCCACAAUAGCAAGCUAUAACUACUGGCUGUAGGUCAAGUCAAAUGUUAAGAUUCUUUGCAUAAGGUUUCUCUAUUUUAGAAUGACACAUUUACUGGCCUUAAAUCCCUAAGACGUUUAUGUAUCUUUAUUAUUGCAUGUAUGAUUAUUUUAGGACUAUUUGCACAUUAUGGUCAGAACAGGAACCAUAGGCUCUUUCUGGAUAAACAAAAGUAGGAAUGUCUACAUUUUACUUAUCUGCUAUGGGAAAUAGUAAUGCAUCCGAAUAUAUAUUGUACAUAUUGAAUGGGCACCUGGUUAUAAUCAACUUGGUCUCAGAGCAUUUAGUAUUAUUCUGUAUGUAAAUCUUGGACACUCAAUUAAGUAUAUGUUACGUUUCACAUGGUAUGUACUAAUUUGUGAAUGUCAAUCAGUCAUUUCAUAUGAUAUGUGUCAAUUACAAUUCAUAUGAUAUGUUACAAAUCUGCAAAAUGUACAAUAUGUUGAGAAUUUGCAAAACGUACAAUAUGUUACGAAUUCCAAUUAGUUGUGGCUAAUGUUAGCUAGGUGGCUAACGUUAGCUACACUAGGGGUUAGGGUUAGGAGAUAGGUUAACAGGUUAGGGGACGGGUUAGCUAAAAGAGUUAAGGCUAGGCUUAUUGUUCAAGGAAGGGUUAGCUAGGUGGCUAACGUUAGCUACACUAGGGGUUAGGGUUAGGAGAUAAGAUAACGGGUUAGGGGAAGGGUUAGCUAAAUGAGUUAAGGUUAGGCUUAUUUUUCAAGGAAGGGUUAGCUAAGUAGUUGCAAAGUAGCUAAAAAGUAGUAGUUGCUAAUUAGCUAAAAUUGCCAGUGAUGAGAUUCACGCAACCUUUGGGUUGCUAGACAUUCGCGUUAUAUGCCCACUCAUCCACUCUGCUCAAUCACUCAUCGUUUUUUGCCUUUAGUAACCUUCUGUCUUAUGUAACCAUACCAAACAUAACAUACUAAUUUGAGUGUCCUGGAUUUACAUUGACUAUGUUAUGUCUAGUCUAUGAGACCAGGCUGUUAUAAGUAUUUAUAUUUUGGGGUUUAUUUAAUUUUGUCAGUAUGGACUUCUUCCUGAUUUCAGUUCAGAUAGUUUUCACUGAGAAGAUGAUGAAUGUUUUGUGAGAGGCACAGGUACGCAGGCCUCGAUACGGUGAUCUGUAUGUUAGUGCGGUAAAGCUGCAGUAUAUUCACAUAUCUUGUUUCUGUCAUUACACAUAUCACACAGAAUAUCACCAUGAGUUAUGAAGGGAAUGUAACAAAUCAAUAUUACUCUUAACACACACACACACACAGACAAGCAAACAUCCGUGGAGGCUGCUGAGGGGAGGACGGCUCAUAAUAAUGGCUGGAAAGGAGCAAAUGGAAUGGCAUCAAACACAUGGAAACAUGGAAACAUUAAGGUGCCACCAACCUCCUGUGGCACACAGAGGCACAUGCAAGCAGACACACACACACACACACACACACAAAUUCAGGCAUCAAAAUAAUGCAAUAUCGCAUGCCUUUUUUACGACUCCAGCUGCCCCUAGUGGUGGGCUGAUCUCACUCCUUCCUCUGAUUGUCCUCCAGUUGUGGAGCACAUUUUUUAUUGUAGCAUCCGCACAACGUCCCUUUCACACUCACUUAUAUGAGUCUCCAAACACCAGGCAAGAGAGAGAGAGAGCACUUCAUACCAAGCACAACCUAUUCAGUGUUUGUCAGACACAUUCAGCACAUAGCAUCUCCUCUGAACCCCUUUGUUUCAACUGUCUCUAUACUGUAUGUGUACUGCAGUUUUACUGUCAACCUCACGAAGCAGAUCCACAAGUCUACCUAUAUCGGAAGGUUUUUGAUCCAACCAAUCACUUAUUCGUGCUCAACUGAUCACUACAUUCAUUGGCUAAUUAUGUGUGGAACUUGUGAUGUGGUCUCCUGGAUUUCGAAAGGACUCACAGCUAUAGCAACUGUGACAUGAUACCAUAUACCUGCGUGGUUAGUCUAUGAACCGAUCAGUUGGGCAUAUUGUGGAACAAAGAUCUGCAUGAACAGGGUCCCUGCAGACCAUGUCUGGGGACUAACUGGUCUACUGCUUCCAUGUCUAAUAAGCAACUUUAUAGUGUUCUGUAUUAUUUGAAAAAUCACAGCAUGAUUGAAAAAAAUAAGAAAAUAAUUCUAUGCAAGUGUUGCAUGAAACCUGAUUGUUUCUUUUUGCAGUUCUUCUACACUUUUAAUGCAUCGAUUCUGAUUCUCCUCGUUAUUUCUUAGUAAUAUUCUUGUCGACGAUUCUGUUUGUAAAAAGGCAGUCACUCCUCGAGUUACAAAUUAACCACAAUUAAUUAACCAUUUAAAAAGCAGAAUGCAUCUCAAAUAUGGAGUAACCUGACUAUAACGGAGAAUAAUGAAACAUAGAUUAAAAUUACAACAUUAAUGAAUAAGGAGAAGUGUGGGUACAGGUGCCGACACUUGUAUUCACUAGAAACGGAAAACGGAAAACUGUUGAGUAUUUUCUUCCCCCAGAAUUCUCUCUUAACGAUACAAACAAAAAGGCAGAUUUUUUGUUAAUUGCACAAAAUGUUUUACUUUAUGUGUGUUCUAUUGAGCACAGUUUGGAUUGGCUCUGAAGCUAUUUAUUCCCACCUGCUCCUCGACGACCUAUCAGAGAGAGGGAUUGAGCGACUUGCUAAAUGCAGCCUUGCAAGUCUUCGCUCACUUAAGAGAUUUUCACUGUACUUUAGAGGAAUGUGACUUUCAAAGCGGACCAAUGUAGUAAUUGACAAUGAAAAGGUUUUUCGAUUUAUGAAGCACAAUUUAUACAAGGGUUAUAGUUUAGUUUGUCUUAUAUUCUGUAUGCAAUACAAAGCCUAACAUUGAAAGAGUUAAAAACGCCUUAACCCUUCUGAACUUUCUCUUUUUUUGUGUAAGUAGAAGAAAAACCCAUUGCACUAAUUUUGUUUUUUUGAUGGUUGCUUUGUAAUGCAAUAACUGCACUAAAUUAUAACCAUGUAUCUAUUCACCGGACUCAAUCACAGUGUGCUAGCGUGACCCGACGCUCCUUUCCUCAAUUUCUGAGACGAAGAAAAAAAGAAAGAUUUCCUGCCUGUCGCUGUAUAGAAUGCUUUCUAUUUAAGAAUAUAUUAGUAAAAAUGCUAAGUAAAAUAAAACAAAGUAAAAUAAACAUUACAUUUUAUGUACUUUUAAUGCU